AAAAAUAAAAAUAAAAAUAAAAAAUAAACAUAAAAGUCAAAAAUUAAAAAAAGAUGAUAGACUAAAAUAAAGUAAAAUAAAAUAAAAGAAUAAAAAAAAAUUUAACAAUGAGAUAUAAUCAACCAGACCCGCGAAGAUCUAAGGCAACAUAUCCGAGUGAUCAAAAGAAAAUUGAUCCAGGGGUAAAAAAGGACCUGGGUCUAGAUCCAGAUUACGGGGGCGACAGCGUUAAACGGGAAUGGUUGGAGAAAAUUGAACACUGUCAUGUGCUCGAUCGGCAAGCGUCUAGUAGAUGAGAAAACCACAUAGCGGAGUCAGAUGAAAAGCCGCAGGGCCCCUCCUUCUCUCUGCGUGUUGUUUUAUCUCUUGUCUCAAUGACUUGGCAGGGAUUUAUUUGUUGUUGUUAACAAGGACAACGAUGGCUGGGGGUUGUGCCAGGCAUCCUCAGCGGAAUGAGAGGGUGAGGUCUGGAUGCACUGGCGGCCCUUUUCUGCAGUCAACUGGACCUCAGUCUAUUUUCCAUGGACUUGUGCUAGUGCAAUGUCUUGAUAUCACGAGCAAUUCCGGCUCUUCUGUAUAAAUUAGACUGAAACCAGAGAUAGCAAUUGCUAAUGAAUUCGCGAUUAAUUUCCCAGGACAAUGAAAUUGUUACAUCCGUUUGGAGUCCAAUGGCUUAUCGGGCAUUGGAGUCGACUGUUUGCGGAUGGUCUAGGCAUCGAACUAGCUGAUAAUGUGGGCAGCAGAAAUCCAUGGAAAUUCCCUUGCGAUGGGUCCAUGAUCGAUGUCAUGUGGAAGUCUCGCGAUCUACUGAUAGUCCAGAAACACUUGCGUUCCAAGUCCAAAGCUUACCAAUGUCACGGGAUUCCAUUGAAAUUCCGUCGAAGAGAAAAGGAAGGACAAUCGAACCAAAGGUUAAAAUAAGGAUAAGAAGCUAUUCUGGACCAGGGGGGAGGAGAUCAAUAGGUCCAAUCUGAAGGGAAUGUAUAACCCAGGAUUCCCCAGUUGAGUAAGGGAGGGAUGAUGGACCAGACCCAAGAAGGGAAAGGAUGUCGGUGCUGACGACGGGCGUGUGGUCGUCUGAUCAGAAAAAAAAAAAAAA